UUUAAGGUGAAAGGUUCAAGUUCAAAUGGCAAAUCUGAUGGAACAAAUCUAAUUGUAAAGAAGAAAAUCACAUCUAGAGUUGUUGAUAAUAAUAACAAUAAGGAAUCUAAUAUUCUUCCUCCUAUGUCUUCUCCACAUCGUAUUAACAGGGAUUUGGGUGUGAAUAGAUCUAACGCCAAUGAGCAUCGUAAGAUAUCAGUGUCAUCCCCCGAGAAGGAGGACCGGUAUUAUACAACGAGAGGGUCAGUAGUCGUGGACGAUAGCAGCAAGUUGCUCGUGGAUGCAAGGGAGGAAAAGAAAAAGAUGGUUUGGCCGAAAUUGCACAUCACAUUGUCAAGUAAAGAAAAAGAAGAAGAUUUUUUGGCUAUGAAAGGUUGCAAGCUUCCUCAAAGACCUAAGAAAAGGGCCAAGUUGAUACAAAGAACCAUUCUUUUGGUGCAACCAGGUACGUGGUUGCAAGAUUUGUGCCCAGAAAGGUAUGAAGUAAGAGAGAAGAAGACCUCUAAGAAGAAACCAAGAGGAUUGAAAGCAAUGGGAAGCAUGGAAAGUGACUCAGAAUGACAUGUUGUGAUGGAUGAAUACAAAGAGAGAAUGAGGAUUUUUGUGAAUUCUUUUUGGGAUGAUGGGCACAAUAUAGAAACAAACAUUUGGAUUUUUAUUUUUUGGUAAAAUAAAAAUACCAUGUAUCAUGUUCAA